AUGGUAACACUGACGGCCACCAGCGCAGCAGCCGAGUCGAGAAUCUCACCACCUCCGCUUGCUUCGCUUCAGGCCCCUCUAGCCUCGCUUCCACCGCCUCCGCUGCAGCCACGCGUCCCCCGCGCACCCAUCCGCAUCAUCGUCCUCUGCGAUGGCACGGCCCAAGCACGCAACUGGGUCAAGACCACGCUCAACACGGCCACUCGCCUCGGCCACGGAGGACUGCAUGCAUCCUCCACUCUCACCAAUGACGCGGAUCGAGGCGACCAGGGCGAUAGGAAGCGCAACUCCAGCAAAGCGAAGACGACAGCGUCUCCAGCAGCCGAAUCGGGUGACUUUUUCACCAACGUUGCGCUGCUUGCCAAGUGCAUUUCACAGUCGAGCGGUGUCGCUACCACAUCACCGACUCCUCCUCAAUCUCCCACCCUUGGCAGCAAUGGCACCAGCACGCAAGCUGCAGAUGCAGAUGCAGCAGACAGCACCAACAAAACCGCAUCCGGCGUGAUGGCCCAACUCGUCUUCUACCAGUCAGGCGUCGGCACAGGCACAGGCAAGCUGCAGAACCUCUUCGACCAAGGCACAGGCUUUGCGCUCGGCUCCAAGAUCGAAGAAGCCUACAGCUUUAUCGUCGACAACUAUCAACCCGGCGACGAGCUGUUCUUCUUCGGCUUUUCGCGCGGCGCCUACACGGCACGCUGCAUCACCGGAUUCAUCAACUGGUGCGGCGUGCUGAACAAGGUCGAAAUGACGCAUUUUGCCGAUAUCUGGGCUGCGUACCAGCGACGUGACCCGGACGAUAUUGCAUCGGAAGCAGCAGCGGCCGAGGUGCUUUAUGCGGCGACCCAGAAGUACCCCUCUGCGGAAAGCGAGUCAUUGGCGACGAGUAUGUAUGUGUACAACCUGGAGCACAAUGCCAAGUUGAGCGAUGCCGAGCGGAAAGCACUGUUGGAGGGGCGAAAGCGCGAGUGUGCGGAGCGCAGGAAGCGAAGCAUGAUCGUGCCGCCGCAGAUCAAAGUGGUUGGGGUAUGGGACACCGUAUCCGCCCUAGGCUUCCCGGGCUUGUUCCAAGACAAUGCGAUGAUCGAUUUCUUCGACUUCUACGACCCGGGCUUGGGCAGCAACAUCCAAUUCGGCUUCCACGCGCUCAGCCUCGAGGAAGACCGCAAGGACUUUCUGCCGACCAUGUGGUACCAGCCCAGCGUUGCGUCUACGCCGAGCGGGAACGGCGAGAUUUCGGUCCGUGGGCAGCAUAUGCGCAGCAAGCAGCUGCUCAAGCAGUGUUGGUUCCAGGGUGUUCACACGGACUGUGGCGGAGGGUAUCAGUGGCACGGCCUGUCGGAUCUCACACUAAUCUGGAUGGUCUCGCAGCUCGUGGACCCACAUGUGCUCCCGGACGGCUCAACGACGCUCCGCCCGCUGCUCAACAUCGACCUCGGCCUGCUGGCCACCAUCUUGGACCGCCGGCGCGAGUGGGCGCAGCAGCCCCCGCACCGUUCGCGCCCUACAGUCAACUACCAGCACGCGCGCACCGUGUGCCAGCGCUCCUGGGACGCCGCGACCAUGAAGCGCACUGUCUGGGCCAACAUGGCCAAGUCGGGCGCGACACACGAAUCUAUCCACGCGAGUGUGGUGCGUGGCGGCCGACUGAAUCCGGAUACCUCGCCGCAGUUCACCGAGCUGCGCCGCGACGACGCUGAGGGGUUAAAGCGCAUGUGGGAAGAGGCUCAGGACUGGCAGAACGCGCUGAGGCCGACCGAGAAGCUGCUGUAUUGGGAGAGGAGGGGGCCAUACCCGUGGAUCCCACAGGCGGGCGAUGCGUACAUGAACCCGCUGCUGGCACCGCUGAUCAUCUCGGGUGGCUGGAAUAUCCCCGAGCUGGCGGGCAGGGCGGUGAAGGAUGUGGUCAUCAGUGCCGCCAGGGAGAGGCUCAAGGUCGAAAGCGCGAGUAUGGACGUCGACGACAGCGAGGAGGUGCCUCAUGGAAACAGCGAUGGUGCGGCGGACGUCGACGACCAGCCGCUCGAGGGUUGGGGCGAGACCACUGCCCCCACCCCCACCAUCACCAAAACCACCACUGUAUCCACGACCACUUCCAACCCCUCCACGGCCCCACCGCAACAAGCCUACCCGCUCAUCCCCUCGAAAGAGCUCGGCGAAAACCCUAUCGACCCCAGUGCCCACCCGCACCUCCACACACUCUGGCAGCACCUCUACUCGCUCUCCUUGACGCCCAAUGCGCUCGUCGCCGACUUGCUCAACCUGCGUCUUGUCCCAAGAGACAACCUGAACCAAACCGCCUUGCAAAACUGGCUCUGGGACCUGGGCGAUAAGCUGGCCGGCUACCCGGACGACGUCAAGGUGCAGGCGCUGACCGCUGGGCUGCUGCCGAGCGAGAGGAGGAGGCAGAGGAGGAGGAGGAAGGAGGGGGACCGCGUGAAGGGAAAGGAUCGCAAGGAUGCGGGCAAGUCGGUCGAUUUGUGA